CCUCUUUACAAAAUCCUCCAUCAUAGCCAAAUUCCACUCUUGCUGCAGACAAGGACACUACAGGACAUCAGGAGACUGGAGGAGGCACAGACACCAUGGCAACUACCUCAACUCAGAAUGUGGAGUUUGUGCGGACCGGCUAUGGCAAGAAUCUGGUCAAGGUGCUGUUCAUCAGACGAGAGGGAACUCACCACUACAUCACUGAGCUGACGGCUAAUGUGGAGCUCACCCUCAAGUCCCGCAAGGACUACUUGACCGGUGACAACUCGGACAUCAUCCCUACUGACACUGUCAAGAACACUGUCCAUGCACUGGCUAAGCUGAAGGGAGUUUUGACCAUAGAGCAGUUCGCCAUGGACAUCAGCAAACAUUUCCUGACAGCUUUCAAACAUGUGACCAGGGUAAACGUGAAGAUUGAGGAGGCACCAUGGAGGAGACUGGAGAAGAAUGGUGUCGAGCAUGUACAUGCAUUCAUCUACAGCCCUGAAUCCUGGCGCUUCUGUGAAGUCGAACAGAAUCAUAAUGAGAGCCCUAUUCUUCACAGUGGCGUGAAAAACAUGAAGGUGCUGAAGACCACUCAGUCUGGCUUCGAGGGCUUCUUCCGAGACCGCUUCACCACUCUACAGGAGGCCAAGGACAGGUGUUUCUGUACCUCUGUCUACGCCAGGUGGCGCUACAACAAGGUCCAAAAUGUCAACUUUGACAAUGCAUGGAACUCUGUCAAGGAGACAAUAAUUGAGAAGUUUGCUGGCCCAUACGAUCGUGGAGAGUACUCACCCUCUGUGCAGAAAACCCUCUACGACACACAGGUCAUAGUCCUGGAUAGGGUGCCUGAGAUUGAAGAGAUUGAGAUAGUCAUGCCUAACCAACAUUAUUUCACCAUUGACAUGACGAAAAUGGGUCUCACCAAUAACAAUGAAGUUCUUCUGCCAUUGGACAAUCCUUCAGGGAACAUCAUGGGCACAGUACGCAGGAAGCUGCAAGCAAAGCUAUGAAAAGGAACACAAAGCUACCCGAAAAUACUUUAAUCACAGUGAGAACAAAAUGAUAAUUAAUGUCCCAUCGGUUAAGGUCUCUCCAAACACAACAUACUGAUCAAUCUACAAGGUUGUGUUCAUUAGGCACGAAACGGAAAGAAAAACAAACUGAAACGGGGAGGCCUAACCUGUCCGCUGUUGCAAAUGUAUUUCCAUUGCGUGCCCGUUAAGUGAAGUAAAACAUGUACAAAGCUG